UCCGGGUCGGCAUAAAGAAAACAAACAAGUCGGACUUGCUGAACUGUCAAAAAAAGUAGCUCUUAUUAGGCCAAAUGUAGCUCAAGACCGAGAGGGGAGGCGCAACCUUGCUCCAAUCUCAUUCUUUUAUCUAGGAUGAUCCUUUCACUUACGAUAGAUUCAUCCAUUGACAGACAGCCAUGAAUGACAUCAAUAACCCCCCCUAUGCCCUACCUGUUGCCUUCAAUGUGGGACUGGUGGAGAACCAGCAGGUGGGCGUGGCACCACACCUGCCAAUCAGAACCAUCUCUGGCCUGAUGAUCUCCUGGAUGACACCUGCACUGAUGGAUUACAUUCACAAGAAAACAAGUGCCCCUGUGGCCUCCAAGCCACCCAACCAGCAGAGACAAGAGGAGGUGGUGGUGAGGGACAGCUUCGGUGCCAGGUACAACCUGCCUGUCAGACUGGUGCAGGAGACAACUGUGGUGCAGAGGAGCAUGCAGGGAACACAGCAUCAUGCCCACACCCAACAGCAAGUGUCAAACCUUGGUGCUGACCCCAAGUCACACGUUUCAGGAGUUACAAGGGACAGAGGAAGGGUGGCUACUGCAGAUCAUCCUUCUGUCAAUCAGUCAGAACAACCUGCACCAAAGUGGCAGCCAAGUCCUGCAGACAUGGAGACCAGUAAAGCAGUCACCGGAGCUGACCAUAGUGCAGACUCAAAAGUCGUCACAGAGAAAAGCAGCCCACAUGACAGGAUGGAAACACUUGGAAAGGAACAGCUGAAGCCAGCAUGGCAGACAACUUCUGAUCAAGGCAGUAAGGUACAGGAGGAGUGGUACAGGCUGCAGCAGGACCGAUCAGCAUUUGAGUACGACAAGCAGUAUGAGAGGGACAAACUGUCCACCCUGCAACAACAGGUGGACAGGGACAGGCAGAAGGUAACAGACAGCAGACAGUUACAACAGGACCUGGAGCAGCAGAGGCAGCUGCUGUCUCAGGAGAAGGACAUCAUAGCCACUGACAAACACCAGCUGGAGAUCCAGUGGAGGCAGCUGGCUCAGCAUAAGCAGGACCUUGCAGCAGACCGUGAGGACAUGGAAACAGAGAAGGAGCAGCUGCGCAGGGAGUGGCUGCUGCUGAGUGAGGAGCAGAACUUCAGACAAGACAGCAGCAAGAGGAAAUACCUCCACUUUAUCCGUUUGAAACAUCUCCGCAUGUUUAAAAUAUAAAGUAUCCCUUCACAACAUGCCCCAAAGCUGUGAGCAGAUUCUUCCCAGGCAAUGUAUAAUAACUUCAGAGAAAAAAGGAAGCAGCAAGUCAUUGCAGUUAUGUGAAUGGCUGCUAGAGGGCAUCUAUGUUACAUUCUAUGACACUCUGCCUUUUCAGUUUGAUGGGGGCACAACUAAAUCCAGGGCAUACAGGCUACAAAACAUCUUUUUUUUUUAAUUCGCAUACAUUUCCUAAAAUGGCACAAACCUUUUACUUCUGAAGGAAUAUUGGAAUGCUUCUUGCUGCUGAGAUAUCCCUGUCAUUUCUUGGAUUGAUCUGAGACUUAUUUAUAGUGUGACUAUGGAACCUUCCUUUUUAUAAAUUGUCAUUAGCUGGAAAACUCUUAAAUUAGGCCUUCCAGUAGUUAGGACUGCUGUACCUUGUUAACUUUCUCCUGCAUUUCUUGAAUUGUGACUAUUAUCUUGAUUAUAAGUAACUUUGAAACUUUGUACUUUAAAUAUGAAUAUUAUGAAUGAAAAAAAGAUGAUACAAAUAAUUAAAAAAACACAGUUGUGAAAAUUAUAUACAUUUUGUUUACAAGUGCUUUGCAUCUUUUCUUGCACCUCAUAUUGUGGUGGACAGGUACAAUGCAUUGGUGAUGUACAAACCUGAUUUAUAUAAUAAAAAACUAAAUACAACACUCUUUGUGACACACUGUGUUUGUACGUUGCAAAUUCCUGUUUCAGUCUCAAUAUUAUCAUUACAGUUUAUACCAAUUGUGCAGACUAUA